AUGGCAUUUUUAAAAAAAAUAAAAAAGUUCAACCAAAGAGUGGCUAUUAUUGACAAAAAUGGAAAAUUUACCUACGAACAGUUACUUAAUAAUUCUCUAAAUCUGUCAAGUUAAAUGCAAAAUAUUAUCAAUCAAUAGCAAAAGCAGGAUUAGAGCUUAAAGAAGAUCUUAUUUCUUACAGACCCUGACAUCAAUUAUGCUUCAGUCUAGCUUGCAACUUGGGGAAUGAAAGGAGUGACCGUUCCAAUGAGUAUAAAAAUGACCCCAAGCGAAGCUGAGUACUAUAUUUAGGAUUCAUAGGCUGAUCUUAUUGUAACUCAACCACAUUAUGAGGAUAGAUUUAGAACAAUACAGGAAUUCAAAAACAUACCUAUGAUUAUACUAAAUAAACUAAACUUGAAUGAAUCAAACUUAGAGCUGCCUCAAACUUCAGAUCAAGAUGACAAUAUGAUUCUUUACACAAGUGGAACUACAGGUAAACCAAAAGGCGUUGUUCACAAAUUCAAGUCUAUCAAGUCUUAGAUUGAAAUUUUAUCAGAGGCAUGGGGAUGGAGCUAAGAUGAUAAGAUAUUAAAUGUUCUGCCAUUACAUCAUCUCCACGGAAUUUUGAAUGUUGUUAAUUGUGCUCUUUGGAAUGGGGCAUAGCUUGAGAUGCAUGAUAAAUUUGAUACAAAAGCAGUUUGGAGUGCUCUUCUAAGAUCUAGAGAUGACCCUUUGUCACUCAGUCUAUUUAUGGCAGUUCCUACUAUUUAUUACAACUUGAUAAAAUACUAUGAUGACCAUGAGGGAUAAAUAAAUAGUCUAGAUUAAAAUGAACUAAAACAGAGACUCUAAAGGCUAAGAUUAAUGAUAUCUGGCUCAGCUUCAUUACCUGAACCAGUUAUGGCUCGAUGGGAAUCGAUAUCUGGACAUACAUUAUUAGAAAGAUUUGGAAUGACAGAGCUUGGAAUGGCUUUAUCUAAUCCACUUAAUGGAACAAGAAGAAGUGGUUAUGUAGGAUACCCAUUACCACAUAUUAAGGCAGCUCUUAAAGACUUGGAAAAAGGAAAUAUUAUUGAAGAAGGCAUUAAUGACAAAGAAGGAGAACUACUUAUUUAAUCCCCAUGCAUGUUUGAUAGAUAUCUUAAUAAAGAAAAAGAAACAGCAGAAAGCUUCACUGACGAUGGUUGGUUUAAAACUGGUGACUGUGCUAUAAGUAGACUGUCAUAGGACAUCAUUAAGAAGAGUGGCUAUAAGAUAAGUGCACUAGAGAUAGAAAAUAGACUAUUAUAAAAUUCUGAGGUUGCAGAGGUAGCUGUUUUUGGUAUUCCAGAUGAAAAGCACGGUGAAGAAAUAGCUUGCAUGCUUGUUCCGAAAUCCAAAACUAAUUAUGAUUCUAAAAUACUUGAGAAUUAUUGUGAGGAGCAUCUUAGUUCAUAUAAGAUACCUAGAAAAUGGAUCACAGUAGAAGAAAUACCUAAAAAUGCUAUGGGUAAAGUUAAUAAAAAGGAGUUGAAAAAAGUUUUCCAAUGA